UCUGUCUUUGCCGAUUCAGUGUGGAAGCAGCUGUUGAAAAGCCCAGAAGGUCUUAAUCCCCAAUUUCACUUGAGCUUUCAUCCAUCAAACUACUGAAAUGAAGGGAGCAAGGCUAUUUCUCCUGCUUUCUAGUAUAUGGAGUAAGGGCUUUGGGCUGAGCAACACCAUGCCGACAUCCGAGGACGGAAACUCCAAGAAUAGGACCUCUGCUUUGGUUCCUCUAAAUAAAAUACAAAGUCCCAAAAUGCUGUCAACCACUUGGACCACGUCAGCUGAGAUAGCCACAACUCCUGAGGCAAAAUCCUCUGAAGAGAGCCUUCUAAAGUUAGCACUGCUUCGCUCAGAGACAAGUGCAACUCCUGAGGGUGUGAGAAACCCAACCCUCACAUCCCCAAAGAGGACAGAAGAAGGGCUGCUAAAGUUUCAAACUCUCCUCCUCCCGACCAAAUCUAGCAUCAAGUUCAAUUCUGGAGCAGAGUCAGUGGUCCUUUCCAACUCCACGUUGAAAUUUCUUCAGAGCUUUACCAGAAAGUCAAAUCAACAAGUGAUUUCUCUAAACUCAGUUGGUGGUGUGGAAAAGCGGUCCCCACGGGAACCAUAUCUCAGCAGAGGUGAUAGCAGUGAAAGCCAAAGAACCAACUAUCAAAAAUCAAGCUUUGAAACAACUAGAGGAAAGAAUUGGUGUGCUUAUGUACAUACCAGAUUAUCUCCCACAGUGAUACUGGACAACCAAGUCGCUUACGUUCCAAGUGGGAAGGGGCACUGUGGCUGGAACAGUGUAUUCUGUCCUCAAAG